CCAAUCGGCGGCAAUUUUGGCGAAUUUGUUCAGAGUGACAGUCGUUUGUUUGUUUAGGUCAAACGAACAUAUUAUAUUAUGUGUAUAUUGUUUUUAAUUGUAUCUAAUAUUACAUGAGAUGCAUUUAAAAUUAUCCUGAAGUCACACAGAAUCAGCAUUUAGUUACAUCUUUUGAAUAAGAGUUUGUGCAAUAAAUUAAAGAAACUAGUAUUACAAGUUAAAAUGGCUGAUGAUGUAUUAGUGGAUACAAAUGAUAAUGGUGAAGUAGAUGAAGAAACUGUUAAUGAUUCCAGUGCUCUCAUACCUACUGUUGUUCAGUCGGAUAACAACAAAUUGAAGAUCAUCAAUGGUGUUCUGAAUCUAUUAGCGCAUCUAAUGAUUGGAGCGACCGUGGGAACUGCAAUCACUUUUUGUCUAAGAGAAGGUGAAAUGAAUACAACGAAGAUUCAUAUUAUUCUUUGUGUGCUUGGGUAUCAACUACUUAUAGCGGAAUCAAUCUUAAGUCUAUCACCUGACAACAGUUGGUCAUCUUCGCUUAAAUUUACUCAAAAACGUCAAGCUCAUUGGAUUCUCCAGAUUGUAGGGUCAGGUUUUGCGAUAACUGGCAGCUUCAUCAAAAUUCUUAACCAAUCUAGUCACUGGAAGACUCUUCAUGCAAAGUUUGCUCUCGUGGCCUUAGUGUUCACCAUCGCUUCCUUAGUCAACGGCGUCACCUCCCUCUUCGCCAAUGAACUCCGCCGCAUCAUCCCAGGCUCUCUCUCCAAAAUCACUCACAUCAUCUUCGGUACCAUCGCCUUUGGAGCCGCUUCCAUCAGCCUAUGCUAUGGGUUCAAUAAGGGGUCCUUCAGAAAGUGGACAACUCCAGAAGUAGCCGCUACAGUUAUUGUACUAACUGCUUCAUUGACUUUAAUUAUUAUAGUUAAUCCACUUAUAACUUUUAGUAAUAAAACUGUUAGAUCAUUAAGGCGUAGAAGAUUUAUGUAGGCUUUUCUUUCAAUUGCUAUUGGUUUAAUUAGGUUUGCUGGAAGAGAUCCCACUUAGGGAUAAGCCCGCCUUUGUACUGUACUACUGUUUUACAUUUGUAAUGUACUAGUCUAUUGAACAAUAAAGCAUUUACUUAUUAAC